AUGGAUGCCCUGAAAUAUCAAAUUGAUCCGAUGGGCCAUAGAGAAACCAUACCAACAGAGCCAGCAGAGUCAGCAGAGCCGACAGGACCCUGCCACAACAAUUGCUAUCGGACCCAUAACAUGGAGGUGUACAACGUUGAAGCAGAUACAGGGAGUCUGUACGUCUACAGGGAUGGAAAGCUACAAGUUAAGUACGAAGUAGAGGCGAUGAGAUCGCUUCUGUGGGACGACUGCAAGGACCACCUGGUGAUCCUGGCAAACCACGGCAGAAGGAUAGACGUUUAUACCUUCGACAAGAAUACGCUCGCAGUGGGCCAGGACACUGUACUUGCUGUUGGCUACGAGAUCGAGAAUUUCUACGCUGUUUGGUCAAGAUCCACGCUGCUGAUCCAGGACGCGGCAAGAAGGAUGCUGAACGUCUACAACGUGGACAAACGACAGGAUAUGGGCUACAUCACGCUCGACUGCGAGAACAGCGAUGUCCUGAUAAUCGAUGACCGCAUCGUGCAGCUGGUGGCCACGUAUUACGAUAAACAGCUGAAAACCCUGUCCCGAUAUUGCAACAGCUACGAGUUCGAACCUUCUGGGAGGCUAGUUCUUCGAACUAGCGUACCCUUGCCCCCAGGAUACCACAGAUACACGCCUGUAGCCGUAAGCGAAGGUACCUCUCAGGUCUACUGUGUGGUGAUGAACACCCUGGGGCAGGACAAACACGCCGUUUACUUCCUGUUGGAAGGAUCAGUGGUCCCUUACAAAUCGAUCACGGGCAAGGGCGUCGUGACAAGUGCCUGGAUUGAUACCCAGAGCGAGACUUUAUAUAUCGAGAAGAACCUGAGCCCGCGUCGCCUACACAUUUCCUUGUUCCAGGAUGCACUCUAA